AUGAACCCCCAGUGCGCCCGCUGCGGGAAAGUGGUGUAUCCCACCGAGAAAGUCAACUGCCUGGACAAGUAUUGGCAUAAAGGAUGUUUCCAUUGUGAAGUCUGCAAGAUGGCUCUCAACAUGAACAACUACAAAGGCUAUGAAAAGAGGCCCUAUUGUAACGCACACUACCCGAAGCAGUCCUUCACUACUGUGGCAGAUACACCCGAAAAUCUCCGCCUGAAGCAGCAGAGUGAAUUGCAGAGUCAGGUCAAGUACAAAAGAGAUUUUGAAGAAAGCAAAGGGCGGGGCUUCAGCAUCGUAACGGACACACCGGAACUGCAGAGGCUGAAGAGGACGCAGGAACAAAUCAGUAAUGUCAAAUAUCAUGAAGAUUUUGAAAAGACAAAGGGCAGAGGCUUCACCCCUGUCGUGGAUGACCCUGUGACAGAGCGCGUGAGGAAGAACACCCAGGUGGUCAGUGAUGCCGCUUACAAAGGUGUCCACCCUCACAUCGUGGAGAUGGACAGGAGGCCUGGCAUCAUCGUUGCACCUGUGCUUCCUGGAGCCUACCAGCAGAGCCAUUCCCAAGGCUACGGGUACAUGCACCAGACCAGCCUGUCAUCCAUGAGGUCGAUGCAGCAUUCACCAAAUCUAAGGACCUACCGCGCCAUGUACGAUUACAGCGCCCAGGACGAAGAUGAGGUCUCCUUCAGGGACGGCGACUACAUCGUCAACGUGCAGCCCAUCGACGACGGCUGGAUGUACGGCACGGUGCAGAGGACGGGGAAGACCGGGAUGCUCCCCGCGAACUACAUUGAGUUUGUUAAUUAA